CUCAUGGACACGUUACUGGGAAAACUCACGCCAUCCAAAUCUCUCUCUGUGCUGGGUUCUGACCUGCCCAGGGCACCAUGGACCGAGGCAACACGCCCCUCCCACCAACCACUGAGGUGAAUUCCAGCCAGACUUCUCUAGCUGUGAGCGCCGCUCACCUGACCUCUGCAGUGUUGCUCUGCCCCACCUUCCUGGUGGGUGUGCUGGGGAAUGGGCUGUACCUGUGGGUGCUGGGACUGAAGAUGAGGAGGACAGUGACCACCCUCUGGUUCCUUCACCUGGUCUUCUGUUCCCUCCUCUUCACCCUGCUGAUCCCCUUCUUCACUAUCUCCCUCCUCAUGGAUUUCCACUGGGUCUUCGGCACAGCCAUGUGCAAGUUCCUCAACACCUGCAUCUCUGUGGCCAUGUUCACCUCUGUCUUCCUUCUCACGCUCAUCAGUCUGGACCGCUACAUCCUCACUCACCAUCCCAUCUGGUCCCGGCAUAACCGCACCCUCCCCCGGGCUGGGAAGCUGGUCGUGGGCAUGUGGCUGACCUCCUUCGGUCUCAGCGCUCCCUAUCUGGCUUUCCGGGAGACCCGGGUGGUAGAUGGGGGCAGAAUCAUCUGCAUCAAUAAUUACGCCCUCUCUGGAGACUGGAAUGGAGCCAAGACACAGAACCUGGGCAGACGGGUCCACCUGGCUAUCUUCAUUGUCCGGUUCCUGCUGGGCUUCCUGCUUCCUUUCUGCACCAUCGUGAUAUGCUAUGUUCGCGUGGGGCUGAAGAUGAAGGAGAAGAAGCUGGUGUGGGUUGGAAAGCCUUUCAAAGUCAUGUUGGCCGCGAUGGUUUCCUUCUUCCUGGGCUGGCUGCCCUACCACCUCUACCACGGCUUGAAGCUCUCCAAGAAAGAGGUGCCAGAGUCAGUGAUGGAUGCUGUCUUGGUCAUUCACACCUUCACAUCCUGCUUCAAUGCCUGCUUCACCCCCAUCCUCUACCUUUUCGUGGGGGAGAAGUUCUGGCAGGUCUUCAGGACAUCUCUUCUCACUCUGGUCAAAGCGGCUUUUAUCGACGAUCUCGGAAGCAGUGCCUCUGAGUCUAGUGGAAGACACGGGUCAGAAGUCGAUAACACAAUACAGUCGAUGGCCUGAAGGUUCCCAGACUUAGGGAGAGUUGAAAACUUACCAUCCCAUUUGUUCUAGAUUCCUGAUGGUUCUAAAUCCAAAUGGUUUUCAGGUAU